UUCCCCUCCUGUUUUUCCAUGGUUUUUUGCCACUUUGCCUGUUUUUCCAGUGUUUCUCCCCAAAAAAACCCCGCUCGGGCGCGUUAUUUAUAGCAGCCAAUGGGAAGCGAAGGAGGAGGGCGAAAAACUAUGGAAAAACUCCAAAAAGAGGGAAAAAAAACCCAAUCCCAGACGGAGACAGAGUCACCUUUGAGCCAUGGCCAUGGCUGGGGCCGGCUGCUGGAUCCUGCUGCUCCCAGGCCUGUGUGUGGGGUUCAACAUCGACGUGAGCCACCCGCGGCUCUUCUAUGGCCCAGCCCAGGCACAGUUCGGGUACAAGGUGCUGCAGUGGGUCAAUGGCACAGAGCGGUGGCUGCUGGUGGCCGCCCCAUGGGAUGGGGACCGCGGUGGGGCCGUCUACAAGUGCCACGUCGGAGCCCGCAGGGAGCCCUGCGCCAGAGCCGACCUCGGAUCCGCAGCCCCCUGGCUCUUCCCUCCCGAGCGCAACGCGCACUUUGGGAUGACGCUGCUGGACUCUAAGGAUGGGGGAUUCAUGGCUUGUGCCCCACUUUGGUCCCAGCCCUGCGGCACCUCGCUCUACAGCACCGGCAUCUGCGCCCGCCUGGAUGGGGACCUGCGGGCGGUGGGGACCGUGGCACCCACGGCACAGCGAUGCUCCACGUACAUGGACAUCGUCAUUGUCCUGGAUGGCUCCAACAGCAUCUACCCCUGGUAUGAGGUGCAGAACUUCCUCAGCAACAUCCUCAGCAAGUUCUUCAUCGGACCCGGCCAGAUCCAGGUCGGGGUGCUGCAGUAUGGGGAGCUGGCAGUGCACGAGUGGGACCUGGACCAGUUCCACACGGUGGAGGACGUGGUGGCUGCAGCCAAGAACAUCAGCAGGCAGGAGGGCAGGGAGACACGCACGGCGCUCGCCAUCCGGGAGGCAUGCACGGCCGCAUUCAGCACAGCACGGGGGGGCCGUGCGGAUGCCACGCGCCUGCUCAUCGUGGUGACGGACGGGGAGUCCCACGAUGGGGAGGAGCUGCCCGAGGCCCUGUGGGAGUGUGAGCGCCGCAACAUCACCCGCUAUGCCAUAGCCGUCCUGGGCCACUACCUGCGCCGGCAGCAGGAUCCCGAGGAUUUCAUCCAGGAGAUCAAGUCCAUUGCCAGUGACCCGGAUGAGAAAUACUUCUUCAAUGUGAGCGACGAGGCCGCCCUCAAUGACAUCGUGGAUGCACUGGGGGACCGCAUCUUCAGCCUGGAAGGUACACACGGGUACAAUGAGAGCUCCUUUGAGCUGGAGAUGUCCCAGAUCGGUUUCUCCAUCCACCCCCUGGAGGAUGGGAUCCUCUUUGGCAUGGUGGGGGCCUAUGACUGGGACGGGGCCGUGCUGGAGGAGAGCCGGAGGGGCCGCAUUGUCCCUCCCAGGAAAGCCUUCCAGAAGGAAUUCCCCUUGGACCUGAAGAAUCAUGCGGCUUAUUUGGGUUACACCGUGUCCUCGCUGCGGCUGCCGGGGGGGCAGCAGCUCUACGUGGCCGGAGCCCCUCGCUUCCAGCACAAGGGCAAGGUCAUCCUCUUCCAUAUGGACACCAUGGGGGCCGUGACGGUGGUGCAGGCGCUGACAGGGGAGCAGAUUGGCUCCUACUUCGGGAGCGAGGUCUGUGCCCUGGACGUGGAUGGGGAUGGUGCCACUGAUGUGCUGCUGGUGGCAGCUCCCAUGUACCUGGGGGAACAGAGCAGGGAGAUGGGGCGGGUGUACCUGUACACGGUGGGGCAGCGGCUCCUGGCCCCCGCCGGGACCCUGCUCUCCGGUCCCAAGCCGCAGGAUUCCCGUUUCGGGUACUCCAUGGCCGCAGUCCCGGACCUCAACCACGACGGCUUCAACGACGCUGCCGUGGGGGCUCCGCUGGAGGACGGACACCGCGGGGCCGUCUACAUCUACCACGGGGCUGCGGGGACCCUCCUGCCCCGUUACAAGCAGCGCAUCGAGGCGGCGGCGCUGGCUCCAACCCUCAGCUACUUCGGGCGCAGCGUGGACGGGCGAUGGGACCUGGACGGGGACGGACUGGUGGACGUGGCCGUGGGGGCUCAGGGGGCGGCCGUGUUGCUGCGGUCCCGUCGGGUCGUGCGGGUGACGCCGUCGCUGCGGGUGGAGCCUCCGGUCAUCAGCGUCACGCAGCGGAGCUGCCGCCGCUCCGGGGCCGCCGCCGUUUGCCUCCGGGCCCGUGUCUGCCUCCGAGCCUCGGAGCGCGGCCGCGGGGGGGCACAGAGCGGCUUCCGGCUCCAGUACAACAUAUCCCUGGAGGAGGGGACCCCAGCUCGGGCCAUCUUUGACUCGGGUGCACGGCGCCUGCUGCAGCAGCACCUCGAGCUGUGGCCGGAGCAGCCGAGCUGCCUCCGCUUCCCAUUCCAUGUCCUGGACACCACAGACUAUCUGCGUCCCCUCAGCAUCACCCUCAGCUUGGCCAUGGCUGAUCCCAGUGGACCAGUGCUGGACGAGGCAUCCCCCACCACCAUCCGGAAGCUGAUCCCCUUCUUCAAGGAGUGUGGGGAGGACAAUGAGUGUGUCACCGACCUGGUGCUCAAGGCCACCAUGGACAUCAUGGGCUCCAGGCAGAGCCCCCACAUCCUGCGCAGGGGCAGGAGGAAGGUGCUGGUGGAUGUAGUGCUGGAGAACAGGGAGGAGAACGCCUACAACACCAGCCUGGAGCUCAGCUACUCCAGCAACCUCCACUUCUCCAGCCUCACGCUCCAGGAGCCCAGCCUGGUGAAGCUGGAAUGUUGGGCACUGCCAGGGCACCGCCGGCUCUGCAGUGUUGGGUACCCCGUGUUCCCCUCAUUGGCCAAGCUCUCCUUCACCCUGGAGCUGGAGUUCAGCUGCUCCGUGCUCCUGGACCGAGCCAAUGUCACCCUGGAGGUUACCAGUGACAGCUCCGAGGCCAGGCAGGAGGACAACGUGGUCCAGCUCUCGGUGCCCAUCCGCUACCAGCCCGACCUCUUCCUCUCCACGGAUUCCAACCUGCGCCGUUAUGAGGUUCACCCCCCUGGCACCUUCCCCCAUGGUCCUGGCCCAGAAUUCCGGACCACAGUGAAGGUGCAGAACCUCGGCUGUUUCCCGGUGCGGGGCCUGUCCCUGCUGCUGGUGCUGCCGGCGCUGGGCCCACACCGGGUCCCACUGCUGCCGGUGACACGUGUCCUGCCCCACAACGUCACCUGCACACUGCGGACCCCCCCCGAGGGUGCAGGCACCGUGGUACCGGUGCGGGCUGAGGACCUGCAGCAAGUGGGGCAGCUGGACUGCACCAACACCUGGUGCCAGGAGCUCAGCUGCCGCCUGGGGCCCCUGCACAGAGGGGACGAAGUCUCGGUCCACAUCCUGCGCAGCAUCCACACCGCGUUCUUCCAUGGGGCUCCAUUCCGCAGCGUGCGGGUGCUCAGCAGCGCUUGGCUGCAGCUCCCAGCCAGCAGUGCACUGGUGCUGGAGGAGGGGGCACAGCGCAGGGAGAUGGUGCUGGAAAUCCUGCAGGGGAAGCGGGUGCCGGUGUCCCUAUGGAUCCUGGUGGGCAGCAUCCUGGGGGGGCUGCUCCUCCUGGCGCUCAUCAUCUUCUGCCUCUGGAAGCUCGGCUUCUUCACCCGCAAGAAGCCUCCCAAGGAGGAAGAGGAGGAGGAGGAGGAAGAGGAGACGCAGUGAGGGCAGGAGGGGCCCCUGGAGCCCAGCACUGUGGCCUUGGGGACCACCAUGGGCUCGGGUCUCUGCCCCCCCCCAACCUCAGCUCCAUCCUUGCGGAGGGCGAUGUGGGGCUGGAUUGUGCUGGCACCAGGAUGCAGCCACGAGAGGUCGGGAGAAGGAGGAAGGAGCCCCCCAAGUGUCACCUGAAGGGUGGGGAAAAAGGGGGAGCAGAGGGUGGGAAGGAGCAGCUCCAA